AUGGUGACCAGCAAAGCCAUCGAGGACAUGCAUUGGCCGUAUUGGUACUUGUUAGCUAUCUGCUGCUCUGUCGGAACGAUGGCUAACGGGCUCGUCUUGUGGUGGCAGGGAGUCAGCUGCCCGAAGCUGCCGGAUGUCAAGUGGAUCUUUGCGCGAGCUCUCUUCGAGAACUUGCAUUGGAUGCUGGCCAUUUAUGCAGUGCUGGUGGGAGCCGCUCCGGGCGACGUGGCAGCGCUCACAAGCAUUGACAUCAUAGCUGCUGCACUUUUGGGCCUCAUGUUCUUGGGGGAGCGAGUCAGCAUGCUGCAUUUCCUUGCCCUGGUCCUUUCAGUUGCUGGCGCUCUUUUCAUCUCGCAGCCACAGUUUCUGUUCGGCAUCACUGAGGGGUCAAAGCAAUCUCCGCUUGGCUACUGCUUGGCGAUGUUGGCAGGGUGCUUCCAAGCUGGCGCUUUCGUCUGUGCUCGGAAGUCCACGCACAUCCCUGUCUCCCUGCUGACCGUAUUGUCGCUGUUUCUGAGCGUUCCGCUGGCCCUUGUGCCGCCAUCCCUGGGCUUGCAUUCCGGAUCAGAGGACGGUCUCAAGCUUGUGACUGAGAAACCGUGGCAGGCCCUGGCGCUGCUCUCCGCAAUGACAGCGUGGGUGUUGCUUUCCAUUAUGCUGCCAGCAGCCGGUGCGACGAGGUGUCCGGCUGCAGUCAGCGCAACGGUUUUCACAGCCGCAAGCAUGAUCUCAGGCUAUGUGGCACAAACAGUACUGAUGAACGAUGCCCCCAAGCCGUUGAAACUCUUGGGAGCUACCUGCAUGCUCUUCAGUGUCGUGAUCAUGGCCAUCCGAUGCCAACCGGCUGAGGAGCCAGAGCCUUCCUGUGCGGACUUUGUGCCAGAGCCUACGGUCAUUGGCACCGCGAGCACAGAGGACGACGAGACGCAGAGUCUCGGAUCUUUCGUCGCUUCAGAGGUCUCCUUCGCAUCGAGCUCCAGCCUCCGACGGCGCAGCAGCACCGGCAAUUCGAAGCCGCUGCCGCAACGCCUCGGUGCCUGCUUGCCGGUGGUGGCCUUGUCACAACUCUCGGCCUAA